AUGGCCCAGCUUCUCCGGGCGAGCUCGCCGGGCUGGUCUUCCCUCCCGCCGGAGCUCGCGGACCUCGUCCUCCGCCACCUGUCUUCCCUCGCCGACCGCGUGCGCUUCGCCUCCGUCUGCCGCCACUGGCUCCACGUCGCGAUCAGGUACUCGUCGCCCACCUUGCCUCGGGCGCUCCCGUGGCUCAGCUUCCCCGACGGCACCUUCCGGAGCCUCCCCGACGGCGAGCGGCACUCCUUCCGCUUCAGGAAGAACGACCUGUGCGCCGGCUCUUUCGGCUGCUGGAUACUGUUCGAGCAAGCAGGGCGCAGGCCAAGCCGCCGCCACUUUCUCGAGAACCCGGACCGCCACCCAUGCGUGGUAGUAUGCUGCCGGCCGGGCAUGUCUUCGUGGUCGACAGGCCUGUGCAACGACCAUUGGUACCAUGACAUGGCCUUCUACAAGGGGAAGCUCUUCACCGUCACCCAAGAAGGGAACCUCUUUGUUCACGAGGUUACCGAGGACAGUGACAAUGGUGAGCUGAGGGUUUCUCGAGUCGAAAAAGUGAUUCAGGCGCCACCCCCGUGGAAGUAUACGCUGGAUGGAUCUUAUGCAACUCUGAUCUGCGUCAGGACAUGCUACCUUGUUAUCUCUCGUGCUGAGAAGUUGCUGAUGGUACGGUGGAUCGUUCCUCUGGAUUAUUACAGUUCUAAGGACUCCACAAAACAGAUGACACUGAAGGUGUUUGAGGCAGAUUUUGAGAUGUCUCAAUGGCUAGAAGUGAAAAGCUUGGAUGAUCAGGUGCUCUUCGUCAGCUCAAAGUCCUCCAAGGCCAUCAGCGCAUCUAGUCACCGUCACUGCGACUAUCUGCGAGGGAACAAGAUAUAUUUCACCGAUGAAGACGGUUUUAAUAUUUCGCGCGUUUGGCCAUCUAACGAGCCACGUACCUGUGGCGUGUAUGAUAUGAGCAGCAACACUAUCCAUUCUAUUUCACUGGGUGACUUGCACAUCAGUGAUCAAUCAAAGGCCUCAUGGUUCUUCCCAUGA